GAUACAAAUCGCACACAGAAGCACCCACACAUACACAUGCCGACCAGAGAAAUCACACCUGCAGCAAAAUUAAAAAGUGGAGGAGGUGUUGUGUGUGUGUGGGGGGAUUAAAACUGUUUGCACAUCUCAGUCUAACAGACAGUGUUUUACACUAUGGCUUCUGUUGCUUCAGGUCAUGCUCUGCCCAGUGGCUGCAGGAUCUUCACUUCCAUUCCUGAUGUGUUUUUCAUCCCUGAGUUUCUGUUUGGAGGUUCGGUGGGGAUCCUGGUGGCAAUGAGUGGGCAGUCUUGGUACAGCCCCGUGGGCUGGGUGAUGUUUGUGUCCGUCUUCUGCUUCGUAGUGACAACAGUCUGGUUCUUCAUCUUCCUCGGAGGAGCCAAUGAGAAAAGCAUCUGGCUUUCACUGGAUGUGGGAUACCAUUUUGUGGCGGCGCUUUUCUACCUCAGUGUGUUGGUGACUCUGGCGUUCAUUGACACUGUGCUGGCUAGCUGGAUUGAACAUUCACACAGUGGAAUUUUAAUUCUCUACCGAAUGGGAAUUUCUGCAGCGGUGCUGUCCUUUAUGGCCACUCUUUUCUACUUCUUCCAUGCCAUUUUCUCUGCCAUCCGAUGGAAGAGGUCCAAAUAAAACAAAACAUCAACCCAACCGCAAACCAAGAAGAAGAAGACCAAAAAGAGAACAAAGACCAAACUACCUGCAGGCCUGUAAUUGAACUAAACACAAAAUGACCUUUUCUUUUUGUGUGUUUUUCAUGUCAGCAAGAGUAACUUUUGAAUCAAAGUGCUAAAACAUCAAAUAAAUGAAUGAGUGGAAAAGUGGUUAUUAAUAAUAUAUUAAUGUUAUUUGUUCAUUGGUCUGGUUAGCGAGGUUGGUCUGCACAUUUUUACCCCAAAAAUGACUCUUUUCCUAAUCAGAAAGACAGUUCUUCUGUCAGAAUAGAUGAAAGUGAAAUGAUGGUUUAAUUAGUUAUUUAGCAUUACUAUAACAUUUAUUUCUUGUAAACAGAAAAGAAAUAAAUGUUAUAGUAAUGCUAAAUAACUAAUUAAACCACAGACAUUUAUGAUGACAUCCUGUAUUUUAUCACAAAAUGACAGGAAGGCCUUAAAGGGUCAUUUUGCCAAAAUUACAAAAAUAACAUAUUUUCUUGCUUACCUAUAGAACACACAGUUUUCAUUGAGCUAUUUUUGAGGUAGAAAGUUAUUCCAGUAAAGGUUGUUCAUAGCUUUUUCUGAAUAAUAUCCACAAUAACCAGAACAAAGUUGCUGCCUUUUAAUUAAAUCUUAAUUAAUUACUGGUAGACAAUCCCCCCAAUUUGUCAAAUCCACUCAUUUCAUCCACCCGUGCCUCUCUAAUACAUAAUCUGCACAUAGGUAUAGAAUUCUGUCAUACCUCUUUCUCUCUAGACUCAGACACACACCCAAGAAACUAAUAAUGUUUGCUUACUUUAAUGGAUCAAGAGCUGGUUCUCAGCCUCUUGGACAGCAAUCUCUAUGAUGAUCAGUCCAUGGUCUCUGAAUCUCCUUUGUCCAUAGUUACAACCAUUCCCACACGGCCAGCCAUUCAUCCAUCAUCCACGCGCCCCUUCUCAUCCAGCUGUGUCAUUGCCUCCCCUAUACCCCAUCCUCACGCCCCACCCAUCAACAACUUGCCCAUCCUUCCAACACUCAGUUCCAUCAUGCCUCAACCUCCUAUGAUCCCCAAACCCAAAUGUUGACAAAGGCAAGGCCUGUAAAGUACUAAAGCGGCAGAAGGGUUUGCAAUAAUUUCAAUGAUUAGGUUGCAAUGUACCAAGUUGCUGUUUCCUCCACACCUGUUCCCUUUGUGGCAGUGCCAACACCAGAAGCAGUUGCCGCCAUAACCUCACAAAGCACGUAACCAGCUCACGCGUCAUCAACCUCAACCAUCUAUCAGGCCACUGUGCCUGGUCGGCUUAAUCUGACAUUACCAGCACUUCCAAAGCAUUGCCCACAAACCUGGAUUUCUAGAGUUUUGCUUUUCGCCGUUUCUUGGAAUGGUUCAUAUUACUUAACCUUCUGCCCCCCAUUCGGGUGCAAGAGCAGCCCAAAGAUAUUUUAUCCACUUGCUUUCAAGCCUCCCUCCCAACCAGAGAAACUCCAUCAUUAUUUGUUGUACAUUCCAAACUACCUCCUCUACCGCUGUACCAAGCAACAAUUUCUUUCUCUCCUUGCCCCAACCUGAUCCAGCCCCGGGUUCCUAGCCACUCCGGCCACCACAACCCAAUAAACCCCUUUCAUCCCUAACUUCUCAACCCCUUCAUCCUAUCCUUGAACCUUCUCACUAACCAAAUAAACUACCUUUUGUACCUCAUUUGGUGCAGUCUUAGUUAGUGGAAGUAAGGAGACAGAUAAAAAAAAGAUUUGUCAGAAGUGAAGUGGCAAAAGCUUAAAUGUCCUGACUUUCAUUGACUUUUAUUUCCUCAAGCUUCAAAAAUAAUACUAGAUCCUACACUUUCCAUCUUCCUCCCCCCCGGAAAACUCCUACGUCUUUUAAACUCCACACACACGAGAAGGCCAUACAGUCUAUGGAGAAGGCUCAUUUCAACUUGACGCCUGGCAAUUACAGAGACCAGGUGACUUUGUCCAGCUUUAGCAUCUGAUAGGGAACAAGAAAAUAUAACUUGUUAGCUGUUAAACUACCGAACACACAGGAGCGUUUUGUAUCUUAACAUUACUCAGCAGACUUUAAUUAAGGUGUCGUUGGCUUUUUAUAUACAGUCUAUGGUCGUUGGUGACUUUAUAAUCUUUAUAAAGAUGUAUUACGGAUCAGAAAUGCAUUUUGGCUCCACCUUGCAGUCACCAUUAAUUGCAAGAGCGAGUAAAGUAUUUCACUAAAAAUUGUGGAAACAGUCAAUAACAGUGUAACUUAGUGUUGAUAUAGCACAUUUCAUUGAAAUUGCUAAUAAAUCCUAGGAACUUUGUACCAUUCAAAACCUGUAUGUUGUCAAAUAUUUAAAAGACUUGAUUGGAGAGACAAAUGCCUUUUGUUUCUUGCAUGUUUUCUCCAUGUUUACAAUGAAUGAUAUACAAAUACAAAUGGAUAAAUAACUCUCCCUCUUGACCACAACAUCUUUUUAAUCUGUUUCAAUAUAAUAACUGUGAUUUUUUUUUUCCUUCUUUGGUUUUGAUACAAUAUGGAUGGAUGAUUUAUUGUGAGCAUUUCUAUGAAAAAAUUAAUUCUUUAAAUAUUUUGAUGAUUUGACUUUGACUACAGAGUUUUGGAAUCUAUAACGUGAAAUAAAUUAGUUGGCCAUUCAAACAUCCCGGCUGC